AUGGAUGAUGAUUGUGGCUGCGAUGGUGGGUGUAGAGAGAAGCGAGUCAGAGAUGAAUGGGACAAGUCAGAGCUGGACUCAGCCGAGGUAAAGAGACUCAGGGAUGACCUCCUAAAUCUCGAUGACUCGGAUCUCGGAACCAAUUGUCCUGACCUCGACUCAUUCAUGAAGAGCUUCGAAGAAGAGAUCUCUGUGUCGCCGGCUCCACCGGCGAAUGAUGUAGAUCUGACAUCAGACGCCGAAGAUUCCCAACUGGAGCUCGGUUACCUCUUGGAAGCCUCCGACGACGAGCUCGGCCUCCCUCCGUCGACUACGUCAUCAAGCGAGGCGGAGAACAACGAAGAAACCGAGUUGGUCCGAGUUCCGUCGGACUCGAUCUGA